CUACGCGUGGAGCCUGGGUUUAUCAGCCAGUAGACAGAAGCAGGGCACACAGUGAGAAAAGAAAGAGCAAUAAGAGGGUGACUAUUGCUAGAGAUAAGCACAAGUGAAUCAAUCAAGAUGAACCACAGCUCCAAUGAGAAAGAACCUGAGACCAUAGAGCCACUGCGUUAUAUCAGUAAAACGGAGGUGGCGACCAUUGAGACGGAGCUCCUGAGGGACUAUCGCUUUGGACAACAGCAGCUGAUUGAAAUAUGGGGGCAUGCUUGUGCUAUUGCCAUCACAAAGGCUUUCCCUUUGAGCUCCCUGAGUAAAAAGCAGCCCACUGUGCUGGUUGUUUGUGGUCCUGAGCAGAACGGCUCCAUUGGUUUGGUGUGUGCCCGCCAUCUGCGCAUGUUUGAAUAUGAGCCCACCAUUUUCUAUCCCAAGCGUUCUCCUCAGAGUUUGCACCAAGACUUCACCGUUCAGUGUGAGAAAAUGGACAUCCCAUUCCUGUCCUAUCUUCCAACGGAGGUCCAGCUGUUAAAUGAUGCCUACAAUCUGGUGAUCGACGCAAUCCUGGGACCAGAAACCGACCACAAGGAGGUUAAAGAGCCCUACGCUGGGAUGCUGGUGACUCUCAAACAGGUCAAAAUACCCAUCGUUAGUGUGGACGUGCCCUCAGGAUGGGAUGUUGACGAACCAGCUAAAGAUGGGAUAAAUCCAGAAGUUCUCAUUUCUCUGACAGCUCCCAAAAAGUGCGCAACAGGGUUCUCGGGAAAGCAUUUUCUGGCGGGACGAUUCCUGCCCUAUGACAUUCAGAAAAAAUAUGAACUUAAUCUGCCAGAAUUCCCCGGCACGGAAUGUGUUAUAGAACUGUAGUCAUUUAUACAGACUUCUAUUUUGAAUAACAAGGAUGUUUUUCCCCUUUUGUAUUUUAUAGAUUGUUCUGUGGCAUUCAGUUACUGACAAAUUUGACUAGAUACUUUGGAUAGUUAAGGUGAGUUUUCUGUGGAAGCUUGUUUCUGUUACAGAAUGAAAAAAUGCAAAAGGUAAUUGCGUUAUGACUUUUGUCUUGAAAUUCUGGGUAUAUAUAUCUCACAAUCUGGCUGUAUAAACUUGCAGUUCUGAGAAAAAAAAGAUUUCUCACACUUUAGAGUUUGCAUCACGCAAUUCUGACUCACAAUUCUGUUUUUAUAUCUCGCAAUUCCUACUUUUGUUCUCAGAAUUACAAGAAAAUCAUAAUUGCCUUUUUAAUUUUUUGAAUCUAAUGGCAAAAACAAGCAAUCAGUCCUAAGAGAUGGGUUUAGAAUUAUUUAUUAGUUUUUGCAAAUUUUUGACAUUUACAGUGUGUCUAACUGUUGAGUUCUCAAAAUCGCCAAUAUACAGUUUUAGUCUUUUUAAUGUCAGAUAUAUUCAAAGUGCAUUACCCUGAUAGUGCCUCCAGUCUAAUGUGCACCACACCUACAAACCCAAUGCAUUUCUGCCGGAAUUUUACUCCAAUUACAAAUUUAUUUAUCUGUACUUUAUUGGAAAGGUUGUAUAGUAUAAUAAUAAUCCAAGGAUGACAAACGUGUGUAAAUCAUUUUGUUUUUACUAUACAUUGCUCAAUGUACAUGUGUUUUCUUAGUUCUUAUAGGUUGAAUGAAUAAAUCAAGGUAUUGUAAAAA